UGUGAUAGUGAUAGAUAAGAGUUAAGAAUGGAAAAUAUUUGAACUUGAAGUUUGAGUAUGUAGUUUGUAAGUUUAUGUAAAAAUAGAACGUUAUUUGAAUAUUUUGAUCGUUGGAAACUAUAAAUUAUUCUUCAAAUUGUCACUAAACAUCAAGCAUGAGAACUUCUCUAUUUUGAAUGUUAUCCACUAAAUGCACAUAUAAAUAUAUGAUGUUCUGAACUGCUAGUUUCUGAUGUUAUUAACAAAUGAAAAACAUUUUUGAAAAUUGAAAUGUUAUUAGAGAAACAAAAGGAAUAUAAAAGCAGGAAAGUGAUUAAAAAGAAGCAGAUUAGGAGACAUUCUAUAUGCAUGGUAUCUGACUUUUUCUAUCCAAAUAUGGGAGGUGUGGAAAGUCACAUUUACCAGCUGUCUCAAUGUCUGUUGGCUAGAGGACACAAAGUAAUUGUCAUCACACAUGCCUAUGGCAACAGAAAGGGUAUUAGAUACAUGACCUCAGGACUAAAAGUUUACUAUCUUCCACUUUUGGUGAUCUACAACCAAUGCACACUUCCCACAUUAUUUUCGACACUUCCUUUACUACGCAACAUUUUUAUACGAGAGAAAGUCACUGUGGUACACGGUCAUUCUGCUUUUUCUGCUCUAGCCUUGGAGUCUGUAUUUCAUGCCAACACUAUGGGAAUCAAAACUGUGUUCACUGAUCACUCUUUAUUUGGGUUUGCUGAUGCCAGUGCUAUAAUUACCAAUAAACUACUUCAGAUGGCCUUGAUUCUGUGUAAUCAUGUAAUCUGUGUAUCACAUGUUGGAAAAGAGAAUACAGUGUUGAGAGCUAAGGUGAGACCAUCAUUAGUAUCUGUUAUUCCAAAUGCAGUUGACACAACUAUUUUUACCCCUGAUCCAAGCAAGAGAAACCCAGAUAAUGUGACCAUUGUAGUUAUCAGUAGACUUGUUUACCGAAAAGGAGUAGAUCUUCUAGCAGGGGUUAUCCCUAUUUUGUGUAAAGACUAUCCACAAGUUCAUUUCCUCAUAGGAGGAGAAGGACCAAAAAGAAUAGACCUAGAAGAGGUGCGAGAACGCCACCAACUUCAAGAUCGUGUUACAAUGUUAGGUGCUGUUGAUCACAAUAAAGUGAGAGAUGUUUUGGUUUGUGGGGACAUCUUUUUGAAUGCUUCAUUGACAGAAGCUUUCUGUAUGUCUAUAGUUGAAGCUGCAGCAUGUGGUUUGCAGGUUGUAAGUACUAAAGUUGGUGGAGUGCCUGAAGUUUUACCACCAGACCUGGUGUGGUUGACAGAACCUAGCAUAGCUGGUCUCGUGGCAGGUCUUAACCAAGCUUUAGACGAUCGAGAAGCUGGUAAAAUUGUACCACCAUGGGUAGCCCAUCAGCAAAUUAAAGAGGCAUACCAGUGGAAGGAUAUUGCAUCUCGUACUGAAGUAGUGUACAACAGAAUCGUACAAGAUCCCGUGCAUAGUCUUGGUACUAAACUUAGCUGGUAUCGACAAAUUGGUACAGUUGGAGGACUUUUCUUUGCUCUACUUCUUGUUGUGGAACAUUUAUUGUUUUUGUUAUCUCAGUGGUUUAAACCAGAAGAGGAUAUCGACAAAGCUGUAGAUGCUAGAAAGAAGUUACAGUUUCAUAGGUCAGCACAUUUUAAAAGAUGACAUCUCUAAUAGAUAUACAAGAAGAUUUCAAGCUGAGAACCUACUUCAAGAUAACUGUAUUCAUACCACCCUCAAAGGUGUUUAAUCAAGAAGUGACAGAAUAUCUGAAGCGUCAAUCUGACUUCAUGUAUGUGCAUGGAUAUAUAUUUAGUUUUCUUUCUACAUGAGUAUGUAAUAACUUCUAUCAGAAGAGCUGAUAAUUAUUGUGGUCCUGUGUUUGAACCAGAUCAAAUCCAUUGCAAUACCACAAGGUAUCCCCUGUUCUUUAAGCUGUGGGUGUGUUAUAAGAGUAACAGUUAAUCCCUUAGCACAGGUGGUGGGAGAAGUAGGUGCUAUUACCUUCUCUCUGAUCAGCAGCUCAAAAUCAAUGAUGGUGGCUGAUAGCUUUAGUACCUUUGCCAUAAAUACAAAAGACUGUUAAUAAUCAUUUUUCUUUGAGUAAAAGUUUGAUUUACAUUUAAAGUGAGUAACUUAUAAAUGACUACUUUAUAGCCUGUAUAAAGUCCAUUUUGUAAACAUAAGCAAUUUCCACAUCCUCACCUGCAUUUUGUACAAUGUGUAAUUCGAUUUUUUUCUUGUAAGUUUAGCCACUUAUAAAUUUACUCAAAUAUUGAUGUGGUGCAUCUCCAGUCAUAUUUAAUGAUGAUGUAAGACUGAAAAAUAAAGAAAU